UGUCCCUCAGCGGACACCGUCGAGUUGAGACGGAUUUCAUUUAGGAAGAAGAAUGUGUGUACGUAAAGGUGUUUGGGAAGCUUUUGAAUAUGUCUUAAACAUAUGAAAUGUCUGUUCUGCGCAGAGCUAAAACAUGGGAAAUAUCUGAAUCUGAGGAAAGCGACACUGAAACGAAAACCGAGUUAAACCAGGAGGAAAGCAGUCAGGCAGCAACAGUCAGCAGCAAAGUGUCCAUAAAGAAUCAGACUUCAGACCAUUCCUGCAAAAUCACCCAACUACCUGCAGACAACACAAGUGAGUCAGUUAAAAGUUCUUCACUGUCUCCACCGCGAACAGAUUUACUAAAACCGAGUCCUGCAAGAAAACGUCGCACCAAGGGGGAGGUAGAGGCGGAGAGAGAGAGAGCCCGGGAGCGGAGGGAGGAGAGGGAGAAGCAGAGAACAGCCAGAGCCAGGGAGAAGGAGGAGAAGAGACAGCAGCAGCAGAGGAGGAGAGAGGCGGCAGAGAACCUAAAGAGUCUGCGGCCGGAGAACUGCCUGAAGUGUUUGACUGUCUGCAUAGAUCCAGCUCUUCUGCAGCAGGAUGGCUCAGACUUCUUGCUCGACACCCUGGUUACAUUUGAAUGGAGGUUCAACAUUGAGAGCAAACAGCUUCCACACAGCAUCACCUGGACGAGGGACUUACCCCAGAGAGGAGAUGGCAGAGAAGGCUUUUUAGAGGAGGAGCAGGUGACUCUGGUGCUGAAUAUGACUGAGUUUAUGGACAUGGUGAUCUCCUUGAAGAAACUCCAGAUGCUUGAUAGUGAAGAGGAGGAGACGGGUACAGGGUCCAUCCUCAGUCUUCUUUUGGAGUGUCUCAACCGUGAUGCUAAGAAGGUGGUCACUCUCUUAGUGACAGACUACAGGACAAAUGCUUGUGAUGUGCGUUUAUUAGACGAGACCUUCCAAUCCAAAUUUGGGAUGGAGAAUGUGGACGUAGAGGAGGUUCUUGUUUACCUACAGCUCUACAAAAAUAUCUCAGUGGUGUUCCUGGAUGGCUGGCAGGAGGUCACUGACCAUGUAUGUGCUGUCACCAAGGCCUUAUCCAAACGCCCUUUCAAACUGCUGAGCGAGCGAGCAGAGCUGCCCUUCUGUGUGGACGGUUCCUGGGCCAGCGGGGUGCGGGUAGAGAGAGACGGCUCGGGGCUGACGCAGGUGUGGUGCAAACAGAUCCAACAGCUUAACAGAGUUAGUCCUGCUGUGGCUUCAGCCGUGACAGCAGCAUAUCCGUCACCGCCGCUGCUUCUGCAGGCAUACCAGAGUUUGGAGUCGGAGGAGGACAGAAAAGGACUGCUGGCCGGUGUGUUAGCGAACAGUGGAGGUAAAGAGAGACGUGUAGGACCGGACAUUUCUGCCAGAGUUUACCGCUGCAUCACAACCACCAACCCUCAGCUGGUCCUGGACUAACGUAUCAACAUGAAGACCAGAGAGUGAAUGGAUGUAACUACUGAGCUGCUAAUAUGUUGAUGUCUAAUAAUGAGCCCUAGAUGUUCACCAAAAGCACUUUCUAUACACAUGUUCUGACUCAUGGAGUGAAAUCUGAUCACAAAGGAUGUACAGUAUAUGAUGUAUUGUUCUGAUACAGUGCUCUGUUUAUGUAUCAAUGUGAGAUAAAUUCUUAGAUGCCCCUAUUCAUAACUUGUUUAUUUGAAAUGUCCUAUAAAAAUGAGCUGCAACAGAAA